AGCCAGCCAGCUGGAGUGUUGGUUAUGAGCAUUGCCCAUGAUUAAUUACAAUUAGAAUUGAAAAUUGAGAUUUUGGUAAGGUUGUACGUGUUGACACCAGUGAACUCACGAUGAGUUCGUUCCUCACUAAGCUGGCAGAGCUGGAGGAACUCGGAAAGUGGGACGAAAUCGCAAAUGUUAUCACACAUCUCACUGACGAGAAGCUUUUGACGAUGUUGAAGGCGCGUCUAGUGGACAAUUUGGCGCCCAGGGUCGUCGGAAUCAUUCUCACAUCUUUUGGCAAGAGUAAUCUUGAAAAGAAAAAGCUUCAGCUCAUUAAGACGGUGCUGGAUGAAAUUCCGCGUCAAGCAGCCCUGACGGCUGUGCAGACCAGGGAUCUGACAUACGCUGUCCUGAGUGAGUUGGACAGCCUAGAAACCAGCUCGUUAGUUAAAUUGGUCGACUUUUGCAUCAACCUAAUGCAGAGUGACGAGCAAAGCAAGGAGUGUUGGAAGGAAAUUCUACCACGGCUGUUGCUCCUGCUGAAGGAAAAGCCGUUGGUGAGCCACUGCGGUCAUGAGAUGUCCGGCGCUGACUACCGUAGUCAAGUGGUCAAAUCGCUCUGCAACACAGAGUGGAGGCCACAAAACAUCACAAUGAUUGCUGCUAUGUUUAGAGAACUACCUGUUGCGGGGGAUGAGUUCAAACAGGUGGUGGAUAAGCUGCUGGACGGUCUUGACGAGUUGGAGGCAUCCGAAGUUCCACCGUUUGUCUAUCAGAUGCUGCGGCUCUGCAGCCAUCAGCACUUCCUGCUUGUGCUCAUGCAUGUGCAGAGAUAUUAUAACAAGAACGCUGCUAGGGCUCCAGCAGACAAUGAGGACAUAGACUCGAUAGAAGCUGUCGAGGCCACCAAUCGAGGAAUGUCGGCUGAUCUGAAGCAAUCCGAGAGCAUGGUGCUGUUCCAUGUGCAAAGGUGUGCAGCGCAGGACCCACAGAGUAGUAGGAACUUGGCCACCAAUCUCAGCCUGCUAACCAACACCCCUGAGAUUAUCUUUGGCAAGUCAAAUUUUCUCCUGUCUGCAAUACUGAUGGUGUGUGAUGUUGCCACCCUGAGAGAAAAGUUCUUGGCCAUUCUGGUCAGCAAUCUAGUUCGCAGCAUCCAGGACGAGGAAAUUAGAUCAAGGAACACUUGGACAGCAAGUGUGCUGGCUUCUCAAAAUAAACUGGAACCCUGUCUGAAGGGCCUUAUCGAAAACACGGACAUACAACGAGGGGCAAUUUUGGAACAGUUAGUCAAACUAUGCUUUGAGUUACUAUUGAAUAAGAAGUCUGGAAGAGCUGCCGAGGAUAUUUUGAAGGUGGCUGCCAAUACUUUGAUGCACAUUGCCAGAAAGCAGCCAGACUCCGUCUCAGUCAUCCUUGAGCUGCUUGUGAACAACAUUGCGGCCAGCAAGGCUGACCCUCACUUGCUUCGGUGUCUGAAGCGGCUGAUUGCAAUGACCCCUGCCAAGUUGCUCAUCAAGGCCGAGUUUAUCUCGGUGAAGAUGGUCGAGCACCUCGUAAAUAUGAGGCCUGCCACGGCAGAGCAAUCAGUUGUUGCCAUGAUCCCGCUGUUGUCCAUUUCCGAGGGCCUGUGCAACAGCCUAAUCCUCAACUUGCGCAAGGCCAUUAACAGGCCGUUGGUAGCCACCAAGCAGAUGGCUGUCACUGGCCUGCUUACCAUGCUGCAGCGCCUCAGGGUCAAAAAGUUUGCAGUCGGCUCACAGGCCUUCUCUUCGAGCAGCAGUCUCUCAAGCCAGAUAAGUGCCGAAAUAACGCAUCACGGUCUCAUUAUCAGUAAAGACCUGGCGGCCAUCAACCUGGAACUGAUCCAAAUACUAACACCUGCCCUCUCCUGCCAAGCCGAGGUGCGCCUCAGGUUGUAUGAAGGAAUCCAUCCUUUGGCGGCCUCCAAUGCCGACCUGGCGCCUGUGAUCCUCCACUUCUUGUACAAAAACGUCACCAAGUGCAAAGAACUAGGCGGGUCGGAGAUGAUCAACUAUGAGAAGUGUUAUAAGGAGACCUCGGAGGAAGAGAUCGUUCUGGUCGAGCCUGUUGGGCACCUGAUCUUUGCGAUAGCCAUGGCAGUGUGCCACCUGAAGAAUUUUGAGUCUGAAGAUGGCUUAGCCUCUGAGAUGGAGGACUACCUGGAUAAAAUGACGGAAAAGAUGGCUAAAGUGACCACCACUGACCUUGGCUUUGACAAGGACAAUUUGAUUAUUGAUGAGGGAGUUAAGGGAGAGACGAAAAUGUUGGUCCUGACCCUGGGAAUGAAUGUGUGUGAGGCCUUAAUUGGAUACCUGAUCAAACGAUGGGCAGACUCAAAGGACCAGCAUUCAAGAAAAGUCAUGUCAGUCUUCAACACUUACAAUUCUAUCCAGGAUCAUAUCAAGGGUUGCAAGCGACCUACGAAGAAAAAGCAGGACGCCAACAACACAGUGGUAAACUCACAGAACCCAAGAAAGCGUGGCAGACCGUCAGCCAACAUCCCCUCUGCAAGUAAAGAGAAAGGUUCAAAACAGGUCGGUGGCAUCUGCUUGCCUCUUGUUCUUGACCUGUCAACCCUUCACCUCACUCUGCAGCUACUCUAUAGUGAGGACGUUGACUGGGCGGACAAACAUCAUGCUAACAUUCUGCAGAACAAGAUUCCCUUCCAAUUGUGGGUUCUGAAUUCCCUUAUGCAAGCCAUUAGCCACUACAAAACCCUCAGCAGCAACGGCCUGAUGGAGAAAACUUCUUACGAGUUCAAGAGUUUCUGUUACAUUGGCCGAAUUUUACUAGACUGCAUACCAAAGGUUAUUGAAGUUGCUGAGGACAGCAUUGAUGUUGCUCUACUUCAGUUGGAAUCCCUCUCAGAGUUGUUGAGCCUCUUUCAGCACGACAACCGGACCAUGCUAGAACAGUUCAUCUCAGCACUUGGAAAUGGAAACAUGGACGAAUCGAUUGCUGAGAUCAUUCCCAGUUUACAAAAGCUAAUCGCUGAUUUCCUCAAGUACAUGUACGAGAAUGAGGAUGUUGAGCAAAACUACAAAAAGCUGCCGCGCUUGGCUGUUUCAAUUGCAUCUCAAAUUGCCUCACUGCUGAACCACUCAAAUCCAGUCACAGCAACAUUUGUUAAGUGGGUGCAGCAAUUAGCCCGUCAAUCCGAGUGCAGGGAUGAGCAGGUUGUCAAAGCUAUGCUGGAAUUGCUGUUGCAGGUGCACAGCCUGUGCAGCAGGACUACUGGUGCCCUCAGGGCGCUCGCCUCUGACGUCCGCAUCAUCCUUGGUACAAUUGAAGAAGCUGAAAAGGAGCAGGAAAGAAAGAUCCUGCUGAUCGGUGAUGGACAUGCGGCUGUGGUGGUGCAGGUCAUUUGCGCCCACAUCCGAGACAGCCUCGACAUUAUCAAUGUGCUCAUACAGAGGCUACGCAGCGAACGGAGUCUCCAGCCCUAUCAAAUUAACCCAGAAUGCGCUGAUAUUGUGAAUGAGGUUGGGGAUAAGGAGACAUUGAUUUGUGAUCUGAUGGAUACAAUGAUGAGUGUUCUGCGCAUCUUACUGACCACUAAAAUGAGCAUGGAGCAGGGCGAGGCGCUGCUCAGGGACAUUUGUCAUGUUUACCGCACAGCUUCCAGCCUAAGCAAGCAUUUUGCUAAGUUCAGCAGUAGGGGUGACCCCUCCUUCCGCCGCACAAAAUUCCCAGUGGUGGUGAACGUUGCUGGAAAUGUGCUACCGCCGCUGAUCACCUCAUUCAUCUCGUACCUGGAGGAAAAGCAGAAGGAAAAGUACCAAGAGAUGCAGGUGAAAAAGUCGUACAAUGCCAAGGUGGCGCAAAAGAGGGUCCUCCGCGAGUCAGACACUUUUGCCAGAGCUAUGUUCGAAUACGAGAAGUUCAGCAAAAGCGUAUUCCAACUGUCAGCAAAGCUUAAAGAUGCCUCAUUAAAAGACUGCCUGAAUUUGGGGCCCAGCUAUGACUUCAGGAUUAAUUACCAAGAUGUGCAGGAAAAGCUCAGGGAACUCCAAGAGGAAGAGGAAGAAGAUUCCGAAGGAGAGGAAAUGGACGAGGAUUAGAAUUUAAUGUAUGAUGAGAAAUAAAAGUGAGCCAAUAUAUUUUUUCAACUUUGGAAAUGUGAAUAAUUGUCUUUCUUUAAUAAAUUACAAAUUCAGGAGAUUUAAAAAUUGUACAUAAUAAAUAAUACACAUUUGAGAAGAAACACAAGUGCAUUUUUGUGUGUACACUCAGUCAGAAGCU